AAAACUUCAAUAUUUUUCUCCAAAACCAAAACUAAUUCUUCUCUGUUUCCCCUGUUUACUCACUCUCUCUUUUUCAAAAUCAUUUCUCAAAACAAGGAAACUCAAACAAAACAAAAAGAAAGGAAAAACCCUUUCUUCCAAAAUAUCUCUCCUCUCCUCUUCUCUUCUUCUUCUUCUCUCUUUGCUCUGAAGAAACCACCAAAGAAUCUCAGCAAAAGCAAAACAAAAGCAUCCUUUCAGAAACAAGGACCAAAACCCAAUACAGUUAUGGCAAAACCAAUAAUGUGGUGGAGCUUUUUCUUACUGGGUUUCCUUCUAUCAUGUAUUCUUACAGAAGCUUCUGUAACUUAUGAUAGUAAAGCUAUUAUCAUCAAUGGGCAAAGAAGAAUUCUUCUUUCUGGUUCUAUUCAUUAUCCUAGAAGUACUCCUGAGAUGUGGCCUGAUCUUAUUCAGAAAGCCAAAGAUGGAGGUUUAGAUGUAAUCCAAACUUAUGUUUUCUGGAAUGGGCAUGAACCAUCUCCUGGAAAGUAUUACUUUGAAGGAAGAUAUGAUUUGGUUAAGUUUAUCAAGUUGGCUCAUCAAGCUGGCCUCUAUGUUCAUCUCAGAAUUGGUCCUUAUGUUUGUGCUGAAUGGAACUUUGGGGGUUUUCCUGUUUGGCUCAAGUAUGUCCCUGGCAUGCAUUUCAGAACAGAUAAUGGACCAUUCAAGGCUGCAAUGCAAAAGUUUACGACAAAAAUCGUCGACAUGAUGAAAGCUGAAAGAAUGUUUCAAACUCAAGGAGGGCCUAUCAUUAUGUCCCAGAUAGAAAAUGAAUAUGGACCAGAGGAAUGGGAAAUUGGUGCUCCCGGUAAAGCUUAUACGCAAUGGGCAGCUAAAAUGGCUGUAGGACUUGGCACUGGUGUCCCAUGGGUUAUGUGCAAACAAGAUGAUGCUCCUGAUCCAAUUAUAAAUGCUUGCAAUGGUUUCUAUUGUGAUUGGUUCACUCCCAACAAGAAGUAUAAGCCAAAGAUGUGGACUGAAAAUUGGACUGGCUGGUUUACUGGAUUCGGGGGUGCAGUUCCUCAUAGACCUGCUGAAGAUGUAGCCUACUCAGUUGCCAAAUUUAUACAAACUGGUGGAUCAUUCAUGAACUAUUACAUGUAUCAUGGAGGAACAAAUUUCGGGAGGACAGCAGGUGGUCCUUUCAUAGCAACUAGUUAUGACUAUGAUGCACCAAUUGACGAAUAUGGACUACUAAGGGAACCCAAAUAUGGUCAUUUGAGGGAUCUCCAUAAAGCAAUCAAGCUUUGUGAACCAGCUCUAGUUUAUUCUGAACCCACAAAAACUGUUCUUGGGAGGAAGCAAGAGGCUCAUGUCUUCAAUUACAAGGCAGGAGGUUGUGCUGCAUUCCUUGCAAACAAUGACGCAAACUCCUACACAACAGUUACCUUUAGAGGCUUAAAAUACAACCUUCCUCCUUGGUCUAUCAGCAUUCUUCCAGACUGCAAAAACACUGUUUUCAACACUGCAAGGGUGGGGGCGCAAAGUUCAGAGGCAAAGAUGACACCAGUGAGCAGUGGGUUUGCUUGGCAAUCAUAUAAUGAAGAGACUGCAGCCUACGAUGAUAAUUCAGCUACAACACGUGGAUUGUUGGAGCAGAUAAAUGUGACAAGAGAUGCUUCGGAUUAUUUGUGGUACUCAACAGAUGUCAAGAUAGAGCCAAAUGAAGCAUUUUUGAAGAAUGGGCAGUAUCCUGUGCUAACAGUGAUGUCAGCUGGUCAUGCUUUGCAUGUUUUUAUUAACGGCCAAUUAUCUGGAACUGCUUAUGGGGGUUUGGAUCACCCCAAGCUGACAUUUAGUAAUAGUGUGAGGCUGAGAGUUGGUAUUAACAAGAUUGCCCUAUUAAGCACAGCUGUCGGACUCCCGAAUAUUGGCAAACAAUUUGAGACAUGGAAUGCUGGGGUUCUUGGUCCAGUCACAUUGAAGGGUCUCAAUGACAAACAAAGAGACUUAACAUGGCAAAAAUGGUCCUACAAGGUUGGUUUGACGGGUGAAGCUUUGAGUCUUAAUUCUCUCAGUGGAAGUUCUUCUGUCGAAUGGAUGAAGGGAUCUUUGAUAACUCAAAAACAACCCCUAACAUGGUACAAGACUAUUUUCAAUGCACCUGGUGGAAAUGAUCCUUUGGCUUUAGAUUUGGGUAGCAUGGGAAAAGGUCAAGUAUGGAUAAAUGGGCAGAGCAUUGGACGUCAUUGGCCUGCAUAUAAAGCAUCUGGAACAUGUGGUGCUUGUAAUUAUGCUGGGAACUAUAAUGAGAAGAAAUGCGCUAGCAAUUGUGGAGAAUCUUCGCAAAGAUGGUAUCAUGUACCUCGUUCAUGGUUGAACCCCACUGGAAACUUGAUGGUUAUUUUUGAAGAAUUGGGUGGUAAUCCAAGGGGAAUUACCUUGGAUAGAAGAACUGUACAGAGUGUUUGUGCUGAUAUUUAUGAAGCCCAACCAUCACUAGCGAGUUAUUUGGCUCUUGCCAAUGGAAAGGCUGCAGUACCAUUGAAGCCGAAAGCCCAUCUUUGGUGUACUCCAGGAAAGAAAAUUUCCUCAAUAAAAUUUGCAAGCUUUGGAACUCCCCAAGGAGUUUGUGGGAGCUUUAGGGAAGGAGGUUGUCAUGCGCACAAGUCUUACGAUGCUUUUCAAAAGGAAAUGUUAUUGCAGAACUGCAUCGGCCAACAAUCUUGUGCCGUAACUAUCAGUCAUGAGAUUUUUGGAGGAGAUCCUUGUCCAGGUACAAUGAAGAAGCUCUCUGUUGAAGCCAUUUGCAGUUAAAGAAGGUUAUCAACAGAGAAAAGUGGAUUCAAAUAAAUAUUGCAUAGUAGUUUCCUUCGUAUAUAAAAGUACAGUUACUUCAUAUGAUGCUCGGUAAUUCUGCAUUAUACAUCCGAAGUCAUCAAAGACUAUUGGCUUCGGUUAUUGGCUUUUGCGUCGUGAUGAAGUUGUAAACCUGCAACACAUCAUUUGGCGAAAAGCGCGCAUACAGAGUGGUGAAAGAUCUGAAAGAAGGCAAAUGUAAAUAGAGUAGCUUUGGUUUAUCAGACAAAGCAUUUAAAGAUUGAAAGCAAGCAAAGGCAUGUUGUGACCGAAGAUUUUUUGCGUCCACAUGCAUGAUCUGGUUAGUUAAAGGGAGAAUGCUUGAGCAAGUUUUUGGCUUGCAAGGAUUGUGUUCUCUUAUGUUUAUUUCUCUUCUUUAGCAGAAGCAAUUCUUUUGAUUGCCUUUUCUCAAUGUAAGAGCGAUUGACAUAUAAUACGAUUAUUAUUGAAGGUUUCUCACGAGUA